CUCUCAGUGUUUUAAGGAAGCAAACUCUUAACAAAGAACUCACACAAAAUAUAAAGCAUUCCAUGUCAGCGGCUUCCUUCAGCUCUAGGAAGGUCCCCACUCAACACGUGAGAGCAGAAGGGGGGCGAGGUCAAACUCCCCACCAGGCAGCUCAUUGACCAGGGAGUGUGUUCACUGCGGUCCCUCGAACACAGAGCAGGCUCCAACACCGUCACACGGGCAUCCUCGGCGUUGAUGCUGGUGGGGUGCUGACCCCAUCAUUGCCGGGACAGCGGUCAACACCGAAGCCUGCAGCAGGGGAGGGUGCGGCCAGCCUCGGCCUGUGUAACCCAUUGUUUAUAAAGAGCCACUGGCCGCAGAAGCCACCAAGCUCUCAAGCCAGCCGUGGGUUCUUUGCUGAGGAACAAGCCUGGAAAGUAAGAGAGAAAAUGAAAACAAGGAGGGAGGCUGACCCGGGCCAUACACGGUGACCAUGAAGCAGGACGCCAUCUCCCCGACGGGUGGGCGGAGGACUCGGCUACUCCCCUGGCCAUACAAGGCUUGGCCAGAGCUCUCACGGGGCCACACCCCUUGUGUCACCCUUGCCCUCGCAGCUGGGUGCUCUACAGAUGUGAGACACAAGCCAGUAACACCAGCAAGAAAGGAGCUUGCCGAGGGCGGCGUCUGGAGAAGGUUCUUGGGAGGCUGUCAGAAAUGAGUUUCUCACUGAACUUCACACUGCCGACCAACACGAUAGAGACAGUAAGUAAAAGCCCAGGCCCCAGGGACUCCAGCGUGCUCACUGAGGUUGGUGAUGAAGUAAAUAACAGGUCUGACCAGAACUUUGCCAAGUUCAAGUGAAAGACAAAAGCAUACACUUCUGGUGCUCACUGGGCCCUCAUGACAGCCCUAGAGACUUCCUCCCCAGUUGUUACAGGUGGGAAAGAAGCAGACUGUGGGCCUUCUCUUGGGUUAGCAGCCGGCAUCCCGUCCCUGGUGGCCACAGCCCUGCUGGUGGCUUUACUGUUUAUACUGAUUCGCCGAAGAAGCAGCAGCAAGGAGUCCGCCGAGGAAAGUGAGAGGCCAUGUGAAAUUUCAGAAAUCUAUGACAAUCCCAAGAUUGCUGAGAAUCCUAGGAGGUCACCCACACAUGAGAAGAAUAUUACGGGAGCAGAAGAAGCCCACAUAUAUGUGAGGACUGUAGCAGGAAGUGAGGAACCCAUGCAUGACACUUACCGUCCUACUGUUGAAACAGAGAGAAGAAGGGGAUUGUGGUGGCUUAUGCCCAGACUGAGUCUGGAAUGACGCAUUUCAGUCAAGGAGAAGAUAUGGAGCUGGAACAGAGCUGAAAACCCAUGGAUUUUUGCUCGGAAUGAGGAGAGAUGCCAAGCUGCUUCUUAACCUAUCUAAAUUUCAUGUGUAGAUCUGGAAAACUUUCAGGUUGGUUUGUCUCUGUAGGUGACAGAGCUAAAGGUUCAUUCCAACACUCGGAUCUUGUUUAAUAAGCAGUGAAGCACCAAGUGAGGUCCAGAAGGAGCCCUUUGAUCCUAUUCUUGACCUAUGCUUUUCUUUUCUUUAUGAUUUUGGGGAAGGGACUUGAUUUCUGUGUGUUUUGCCUUAUCUUUUUUCACAUCUCUUUUCUCAAAAAAAAAAAAAUCAUCAGACCUGGCUUCUGUGGGAAGGUUGGCCAAGGUCAGCAUGGUGCAAGUUGGGAUAUAAAUAAAACUUAAAUUGGA